GUACUUCCCGGGCUCCCGGUUCAUGUGGCUGCAAGCGUGCACGUCAGCAGAGGGAGAUCAGCACCCUGGACAGCGCUGGCUGGUCAAUAAUAAAGCAGCCAGGGUUCCUUUCCUGCCCAGCUGCUGGGAGCACUGGGAGAGGCACGUCACCUAUCGGAGGCGAAUGGAUGACCAGAUAAAAAAUACCGACUAGUUUACAAGAUGAGAGUUUUUUUUCCCUCUUCUUCUUCUUCUUCUUCUUCUCCCUAUUCCGGAAGUAGCUGCUGCGUUGGUUCAAUCUCCAAGCCGACCAUUUCGAGGAGGAAAAUCAGCGCCAGCAGUAUCAUCACCACCAUCUAUCUGAUCCAAUAAUCAAUGCCAUUACUUCCGUGUAAUUGCUCUCGGAUUUGAAGACAUCUCCAUGCGCCUUGCCCGCCUGUCUUUCUAAUUAGAAAAAUCGCAGGGUGCCUCUAUUAUUCUGCCUCUCUCUCUCUCUCUCUCUCUCUCUUUGACCGUAUUUUUGAGGGGCUCGCGAUGAAAUGCUGAUGGACAUCGAGGCGAAGAUGGGAAACAUGGGGCUUUUGGGUGUUUUUGCGUGGCCGUGUUUCCAGGCGAUAUAGUCUUCUGAAAGAAAAAAAAAAUGAAACGGAUUGUGUUUUUGAUGUCAACGUGGAUUGUCGGGGUGAACGGCUCGGAUUCUUCGUGGAGGCUUUACAAAAAGGAGAUGAAAUGAAAAAAAUGGACCAUGAUCUGACGCUUGGGAUGCUACAGUGAGGGACAACAACAAAAAAAAGACAGACAUAUAAUGAUCCAAAAUCAAAACUUCCAUUUCAUCUCUCAUUUUCCUUUUGGAUUAUGAUUCUUGACAAGAGACCCAGAUGUGACUGUAUGGAUGGCAGGUCGUUGUAUUUUACACCCCAUCUUCUAUUUCCUGGCUCUGUGUUGCUCUCUCUUCCACUCGUCCACUCUCUCGCGGUCUUCUGCUUUGGGUAGCAAAACAUGUAGGCUAUUUUUUUGCUGCAAGCCCGGUGCAUCUGACAAAAAGCUGUCUUUGAAGACAAAUGGGCCGUGGAAAUCAAAACCCGGUCAAGUUGUAGUGUGUUUGUUCCCGAGGUGCGGUGGAAGAUGCAUCUAUAGACAGCGUUUACCGAGUUGUUUGAGUAAUGAAUAUUGAAAGAGUGUGUCGGCCAGCUGAAAGGGAAAAUCUUUCAUCCGCAUUGGCUUAGACACACAUGCCAUCAGUGGGGCGAGAGCCUUUAUUUUUCUGGCUUUCCAAUUGAUACGCUGGUUGUGGUAUUGAUGGAAAUAGUACAAUGAGAACGAACCUAUUGGGUGUAUGAAUAAUAAUCAUAAUCAUAAUCAUAAUAAUAAUAAUAAUAAUAAUAAAGAUUAAUAGAGGGAGAGGGGACAAAAACAGUUCAUUUAUUUCAGUCUGGCGGAUUCUUUAUGUAGCCAAACAUGUUCAAGUAUCGGAUCCGCAUGUUUUUUAAUGAACUGAAAGUCCUGGUGUUUAUGCGAUCCGAUUCGAGACAGUCCGGCUCAGACACAGAGAGACGGUCCACCACCAUGCGAGGUCUGGGGAUGGGCGGCUGCGGUUGGCCGCCUUUUGUCGACUGCCAUUCCCGGGAUGACGAGGAGGAGUACUACGGCAGCGACCCGCGGCCCCGGAGCCUGGCGUUUGAGGACAAGGAGCCCAAGCUGCAAGUGGGCCUGGACGCUGUGUCUCUGACCAGCACCAACAGCAGCCUGCGGAGCCCCCAGUGCCGGAUCUGUUUCCAGGGCCUAGAGCAGGGCGAACUGUUGAGCCCCUGCCGCUGUGACGGCUCAGUGCGCUGCACCCAUCAGCCGUGUCUCAUCCGCUGGAUCAGCGAGAGGGGAUCCUGGAGCUGCGAGCUCUGCUACUUCAAGUACCAGGUCCUGGCCAUCAGCACCAAGAACCCCCUCCAGUGGCAGGCCAUCUCUCUGACGGUGAUAGAGAAGGUGCAGAUAGCGGCCAUUAUUCUGGGCUCCCUUUUCCUCAUCGCCAGCAUCUCCUGGCUAAUCUGGUCCUCCCUCAGCCCCUCGGCCAAGUGGCAACGUCAGGACCUGCUUUUCCAAAUCUGCUAUGGCAUGUACGGCUUCAUGGAUAUCGUGUGCAUAGGCCUCAUCAUCCACGAGGGAUCAUCAGUGUAUCGAAUCUUCAAACGAUGGCAGGCUGUCAAUCAGCAGUGGAAAGUACUGAACUAUGAGAAAUCAAAGGACUUGGGCGACCCGCUGAGUUCGAGCAGCAAAUCGGGGGCUCGCAGCUCUCGCGGUAACCCUCACGGUCUGGCCAGCAGCAGUGGUGGGCGACAGAGCAGGAGGUUAAGAACUAUUCUGAACCACCACUGUGGAUACACCAUCUUUCACAUCCUGAGCCAACUGCGGCCCAACAACCCUCGGAUCAGCACCACCUCCAACCGGGAAGUGGUGAUGAGGGUGACCACCGUAUGAGUCAGGGCCGGGCGCGGUGAUGAUGAGAGAGACCUCAUCAGUGUGUCGAGAUGUAUAUGAGAGGACGGACUCAUGGACCUUAUAUCAAAUACUACAGACACAUGUAGACGACAGGAGUCCCGUGAGGAGCCGGGUGAUGCCACAUCAUCAAACACCUGAGGAUUUUUCCUCUUGUUUCGUACGACAAAAGGAAGCCAGGUGCUCCUUUUCAAUAAUUAACCGAAAAUAAGGAUGCAUUCAAAGACAUAGAAAUGUGUGGAGGAAAAAAAGUGUACACAGGCUUUAUAACUGAAUCCAAGACGGUGAGACAUUUUUUUCCAGUUCAAUAUCAGGAUGCACAGACAUUUCUCUUUGAUUUGAUCCUCUUGAUUUGAUUUGUAUCGAUUCUCUUUUUGUUUGUUUUUUACUCACUUUGAUUUUGUACGGAUGUAUGAUUUUACAGGAAAUCAUGUAACUCCAUACAUGCCAAACAUUUCCAGACAACUAUGUAUAAUGAUCUUAAAAAAUUUCUACAAGACAACCGAUGCUGGGAAAUAGACCGAAAACUGAAACAAACAAACACGAGGGCAAACACAGAGGUGACAACUGAUCAAUAAGUCAUUACAAGUC